UUUGAAAAAUUAACACGUGUGAAUGCCAUCGCUCUCUCCAGCUUCGGGAUUUUCAAUUCCUCGCUGGCUUCUUCUUUCCUCUCUUGCCUCCGCCAAAAUCUUUUGGCCGACGAUCUUUCUCUUCUUUCCCGAUCACGGAACCAUACGAGUCGCGAGUAUAGCUGCGGGGAAGUAGGAAUGUGGAAGGAGGAAACGUUGGAUGUAGUGCUUGUGCCGGCAGGUCUCGCCGUGAUGGUCGCCUACCAUGUCUGGCUCGGCCACGCUAUACUUCACCGUCCCAAGCUCACUGUUAUCUCUCUCAACGCUGAAUCUCGACGGCAAUGGGUCUUCUCUAUGAUGACCGAGCCGCUGAAGAAUGGUACUUUAGCAGUACAGACAAUCAGGAACAACAUAAUGGCAUCGACCCUUUUAGCCACAACAGCAAUCACUCUAUGUUCCAUCAUCGGCGUCUUUGUAAGCAACUCCUCAGCUUCGAAAUCCACAGCGUCGGCUAUUAUAUACGGGAACAAAAGCCCCCUCCUCGCGACAAUCAAGAACUUCACGAUCCUCAUCUGCUUCCUCAUGGCCUUUCUCUGCAACGUACAGUCAAUCAGGUACUACGCUCACGUGAGUUUCCUAGUCACAGUGCCCGUGUCGAGAGGGAAGAGAGAGCACUGCGAGUAUGUGGCUAGAAACCUGAACCGAGCUAGCUACUUCUGGUCUCUGGGAUUGAGGGCUUUCUACUUCUCCUUCCCGCUCUUCCUAUGGACCUUCGGUCCCAUCCCAAUGUUUGUGUGCUGUUGUAUGUUGUCCUCGAUUCUAUAUUUCUUGGAUACGACCACUAGUUUUACCAGGCAUCUCCAUAGCCAGUCGUUCAGAGAAACGGCUGAAUCAGUGGACGGUGAGAUCGAAUCAGCGGUUCAUGCUAUGUAGAUUCUUCUCUGGUUUUUCUUGUGUGUAUAUUAACGGAGUGUUUAUUAAAAUGUGAUGGAACUACUUUGGCUGCGGUUGCUUUUUUGAUGUAACAGUGAUUAGAAUCAUAUGAAAACGCCAAACGCUUAUGUAAACGCAUUGGUCUGUGUAGUCUAUGUAAUCUCUUACGCUUUGUUGUCGAUGUAUUUCUUCUUCUUCACUGAAAGUAACGGUUUGGUUUUUUCUCUAUACGGACCAGAGUUCGGAUAUUUCGUGGUUGACUUGGUUUGGUUAC